CUCGCCUCCAUUCAUUGAAGCGCAGAGCCCGUCCGCAGGGCCCCGAGAGCAGCUCUACUGAUUCCCGCUAGGGGCCGACACGCAGCUCCUUCCCCUGCGCAUGCGUUCACGGGAGUUGAGGCACAAGAGUUUGCCGCUGCUUGGGAUUGCGCAUGCGCCCGACGAAGAACAGGCGGGACGUGUUAUGCGCAGGGUACAGAUCAGAGCGGGAAAGAAUGCGCAUGCGCGCAAGAGGAACCGCGGGCUGGAGCCGCAGAACGCCGUGAGACUGGCUGUGUUCUUUAACUGUAUUUUGGAUGGGAUUUUCUUUCUCUUCAUUGUCAGCUACAGAAAUUGAUGAGUUUUUAAGUGCUAAGGUUCCAUCUACCAUCAGAUGUCUUUCUGCCUGGCUGAGAUGCACCUAUGGUCUUUGAAGAAUACCUUACAUAUUAGAGGUGAAGAUAUUGGGAUCCACCAGUACUAUGACAAGAAAGAACCAGUACCACAGAUGAAGUAUGGUUACUUAGAAGAGAAGCAAAAGCUAGCAGAAUCUCGAGAUUAUCCUUGGAUACUUAAAAACAAACGACCAGAAAAACUGCGAGAUACUCUCAAGGAGGUAGAGGACUUAAUGCAAAACAGUCAAUGUGUGCUGAGCAAAUGGAAGAACAAACAUAUCUGUCAGCUCCUCUUUCAUUCAGGUGUAUUGGUGUCCCUAAGCCUUUCUGGGCCACAGCUGGAGAAAGUGGUGAUUGACAGGACCCUGGUGGGGAAGCUCAUCUCCGACACCAUCAGCGAUGCUGUUCUUACAGAUAGUUUCAUCGUCUUGUCAUUUGCGGACCAUGACCAACUCUGCUUUAUUCAAUUUACAAAGAAGAUGAGUUCUCCUGAUGUAAACAAAAGACUGGAAAAACUCUCUUGUUUGGAUUUUAAGAUUUCUUAUAUUGAUAUACCUGGACCAGAAGGUAGAAGGAAGAAACGUCACCUGGCAAUAAACUGUAUGCAAGAUAUGGUUAUUUGCUGGUGGUCAGCAACUAAUGAUGGAGCAUGGCCUUGGUCUCCUAUUUCCUGUGAGAGGGACAGAGCCAACUUAUUGCUAUUAGGCUGUGCACAUGGCAAACUGGAGGUUUUGAGUUUCGUCCGCACCAAAUGGGAUCCACUUGAUGCUCGCUUUAGCACUAAUCAGCCUUAUCAGGUUCACACAGUAGAGCACUCCCUCUCUGCAGACAAAGAGCCCAUGGCUGACAGCUGUGUCUACGAGUGUGUUAGGAACAAAAUUCAGUGUGCGGCGGUCACCAGAAUACCACUAAAAGCGAAGGCCAUCAGCUGCUGCAGAAACAUGACAGAAGACAAACUAGUCCUGGGUUGUGAAGAUUCCUCAAUAAUUCUAUAUGAAGCGUACAACAAAGUGACUUUGUUAGCCCAAGCAGAACUGCUGCCUGCUUUAAUAAGCUACCACCCUUGUGGAGCAGUAUUCCUGGUUGGCAGCUCUCAAGGGGAGCUGCAACUUUUUGACACAGCACUGUCCCCAAUUAAAAUGCAGCUUUUGGCAGAAGACUACUCACCUGAGACAACUUUGCAAUUCAGUAAACACUUUGACACGUCUAGCAGCCUCAUGCAGAUACAGUGGGCUGCUCCUCAAGUCGCAUCUCCCAGCACUGAUGGCACAGAUAUUCAUGAUCUUUUGUUGGUUAGAUUUGACAAAGGACCCUUAGGAGUACUUCGCUUUAAACUUGGUGUGAUCACAAGAGGACAGCUAGGCCAUGUGGAAAUCAUACACCAGUACAUUCGUUAUGAUGAAAUACAUGAAGCAAUUAGUGUCCUGAACACCAUGAACUGGAAUACGAUGGGUCGUCAGUGUUACAUAAGCUUGACUGCCAUUGUAAAUCACCUUCUUAAACAAAAGCUUACACCAGAGAGAGAAGCACAGCUUGAGGCAAGCCUGGGAACCUUUUAUGCUCCAACAAGACCCCUCUUGGAUGCAACCGUGUUGGAGUACAGGGACCCAAUCAGCAGAUAUGCAAGAAGGUUCUUCCACCACCUGCUCAGGUAUCAGAGAUUUGAAAAAGCAUUUUUGCUAGCUGUUGACAUAGGUGCUCGGGACCUGUUUAUGGACAUCCAUUACGUUGCACUAGAUAAGGGUGAAUUGGCACUAGCUGAAGUGGCAAAGAAAAAGGCUAACGACAUUGAUGCAGAAUCAAUAACUACUGGAGUUGAGCUGCUGGGGCGAUGGGCCGGAGAAGAUGCUUCGGACGGAGCGCGCCGCGACCAGCCUCCGAAGCGCCCGGGAGAACGCGGCCUCCCUGCCGCCGGUGCGGCCUUCGGGCCGCCGGCCCAGGGCUCCGGGGGCAGGUCCACCGGCCGCAGGCAGCCGGAGGAUGAGGAGCCCGGAGCGGGUGUCCGUGCCGCCUCUCGAAUGGAGAAACCUGCGAUGGACCAAGGAAAUUCGAGAGCCACUUCUACAGAGCAGGGGACCGGCGGCGGCGGCGGGGGUCUCCACGUCGUGCACCUGGGGCGCGUGUGACCCCGCGGCGGCGGCGAGGCCCGCGGGAGCCCGGCCACCAGCGGGCGAGCAGAGCGCGUGGCCCUGGCACCUCCGCACCCCCAUCCACCCCUGCAAAACCCACCUCCCCGCAGGCCGGCGGAGGACACGACGGCGACGUCUUCAUCGUGGCAUCCGAAGCCACUUUAAGAAAAAGCUUGAUUAACUAUGGACCCCGGGUUGCCCGGCAAACGCGGUGCCGAAAGCUUUGUUUCUCCUUGCACCCGUUCCUCAACUUCUCUGUAAUUCUCCGUGCAUUAUAUAUUUUAAGGAUCUCGGCUUGGAAGCCGAUUUGAAUUUCCACUUAAGGCUCUGCAAAGCGCUCCGUUGAGAUACUAGCCGAUAAAAUCUCCACUCAGGAUACCUCUGUGAAAGAGCAGCUUUCA